AUGACUUUGGCUCGAGUCAAGUUGAUGAUCACUUCAGAUAAAAAAGACUUAAAUUUGGAAUCAGUUCAAAUCAUUUCGCGCUCCGAGAAGAUCGAAAACCCCAACGAGAGUCUGCUUAUACCGGAAUGGUUAAACAGGGCGAAGUUUGAGUUCUUGCUCGCAAGGGAUGAGCCUGAUUAUAGUAAGAUUCUCCAGUUUACUCCAGUGGCCGCUGUUUCGCCAGGAUGCAAUUUCACAUCGGUCAUGGUGCGUGUUUACUUGGAUUUAGAAAUGAAGGACGGAACUCAAUUAAGAAAGUCGUAUGUGGUCAAGACCACCCUGAGUUUAGAUAAGGGCGGAAAGAAAGUGAAUGAGAUGCGGUUCUUCCAUAAGGAGCAGCAGAUGUACUCCACUUAUUUACCGGAGUUUGAGAAAAUAUAUCGUGAGGCUGGACAUCCUGUGCAGCUGAUGCCAAAGUGCUUGGAAAUCGGAGAGGUCGAGAGAAAUCUCUACUUCAUCUUUGAGGAUCUUUCAGCCCAGAACUAUAAGAGUACGGAUCGAACCAAGGGGGUGAAUAUGGAGCAUAUGCGACUGUCUCUUCGGAAGUUGGCUGAACUGCAUGCCGCCAGUGCGAUCUACAAAGAUCGCCAUGGGCCCUACCACACUGACUUUUAUCAUGGAUUCGUCAAGAAGGACAACCUUCAGCUUAACCUGAAUAGGUUUAAAACAAAGGCUACGGAAUACAAUGAAGCCAUGAAAACUUGGGGAAUGGAUGACAUCUCAUAAAUUUAAUUACAGCCCACUACAGAGCAGUUUGGCAAUCUUUGUUUGGAAUACCUCAAUGUAGAUCCCCAGGAUUUCAAUGUCCUCACUCAUGGCGACUUUACUGCCAGCAAUAUUCUAUACAAGUACGAUGAAAAUGGCGCUCUUAGUGAGGCCGUUCUACUGGACUUUCAGAUCUGCAAAUGGGCAAGUCCGGCUCAGGAUCUGCUAAUGAUGAUAACCGUUUCCGCCGAGAAGGAUUUGCGCUAUCGGGAAUUCGAUAAUUUUGUGAGAAUCUACUGGGAAUAUCUCAUCGAAUGCUUGAGAGUGCUGAAGUACGAAAAGCCGCUUCCCCAACUGAGGGAGCUACAAUCUGCCAUCUAUAAGAAAAACAACACAUUCUGUGCUUUCUUUUCCGUGUUUAGUCACUUACCUAGCCAUUUGCUGCCCCCUUGUAAGGAAAGUAACCUGCAUACCCUUAAUUCAAAGGAUGAGGAGGGCAGGAAGUUUCGAAACCGAUCCUACACAAAUCCAGCCUUUGUGGAAGUCAUCAGAGAGUUGUAUCCCGUCUGCUGCAGCCGCGGUCUCUUUAAUUUCGAAGACUUUGACUGAUCGCAAGUUUAUUCAUCUUCCACUGCAUCUUGCACUCGAUUCUAUAAAAUAAAUUGUGUGCGAAUAUUGAUUCUGGUUUUUUCAAGAUUUACGUGGCGAAUGUCGCGACUGCAUUACAAUUGAAAGCGGGAGACCUUGAAAUAG